CCAAACGGAGACGAACCAGAGCAUUGCUGUGUGGUGGUCUAAUGUGUCCGGGUAAAGAAGUGGGUGAAAGGUCUAGCAGGCAGCAGUGACAGGAGCACGCAAACACGUCACAGAGCCACAGUCGUCCAGAGCGGAAAGUGAAAAUGUCGAAACAGCAGCCGAUCAGCCCGCUGAAGAACUUCUUCGCCGGGGGGUUUGGAGGGGUUUGCCUCGUCUUCGCAGGACAUCCACUCGACACGAUAAAAGUGCGUUUACAGACACAGCCCAAACCCAAACCUGGAGAGCGUCUUAUUUAUGCCGGAACCAUUGAUUGUUUUAAAAAGACUUUAGCCAAAGAGGGUGUGAAGGGGCUUUAUAAAGGCAUGGCGGCGCCCAUCAUUGGAGUCACCCCCAUGUUUGCUGUCUGUUUCUUUGGAUUUGGACUGGGCAAGAAAUUACAACAAAGAACUCCUGAUGAUAUCCUGACGUAUCCACAGCUGUUUGCUGCAGGGAUGUUGUCUGGAGUGUUCACCACGGGCAUCAUGGCUCCUGGAGAGCGCAUCAAAUGUCUCCUACAGAUCCAGGCAGCAACAGGAGAGGUGAAGUAUGCAGGGCCAAUGGACUGUGUCAAACAGCUGUACAGAGAGUCUGGGAUCAGAGGAAUCUACAGAGGCACAGCUCUGACUCUCAUGAGAGAUGUCCCUGCCAGUGGGAUGUACUUCACGUCAUACGAGUGGUUGAAGAACCUCCUCACACCUCCAGGAAAAAGCCACAACGAGCUCAGCGUUCCCAGCGUGCUGUUUGCAGGAGGCAUGGCCGGGAUCUUUAACUGGGCGGUCGCAAUUCCAGCCGACGUGCUCAAGUCUCGUUUCCAGACAGCUCCUGAGGGGAAAUAUCCUAACGGUUUCCGGGACGUUCUGCGGGAGCUGGUCAGGGAGGAAGGCGUGGGUUCUCUGUAUAAAGGCUUCAAUGCUGUCAUGCUUCGAGCUUUCCCUGCCAAUGCAGCUUGCUUCUUAGGAUUCGAGUUCGCAAUGAAGUUCCUGAACUGGUUAGCACCAGACCUGUGAUGAAGGCUACAUAUCGCCUCGUAUGUGAAACCAGGGACACACACAAUAAUACCAAGAGUUUCUUUUCCAACAACAAUGUACCGGUACUUGAUUGUCUUUCAGAGCGUGUGGUUCUGUUAAGCGUGUGGAUCUUUCAGACCUGGCUGCACCUGUGCCAGUACAUGCACAAGCUUACAACACACUCAAACACAGUCGAAUGUUCUCGCUCCUUUUUUGGUUGACUAGUUUUUUGAUCUUUUUGUUUUAAAAUCUUUUAUUGUUUGUAUUAUAGACAAGGAGUGCAAUGAACAUGUCGUGCCUUACCAUAUGUUAUCUGCAAGCAGGUGGACAUAUCCGAAAAAGGUGCAUUUUAUUUGUGUGUGGUGCAUUUUAUGUGUUCAGACUGUCAGCAAUACACGCCUUUAGAGCCGUCUGUGAGGUCACACUCCACCUAGUGACCAACUGUAAUACCUACACCCUCUGUUUGUUUUAAUGUGAAAUUAUGAGAGCAGUCACUAUGAGAUUGAACAGUAUGUGAUUAUCAACAUGUAUAGAAUUAAAAGAAGAAUCCAUAUUUACAAAA